AUGUGCACGCGACUGGUUGCUGUACUGGCAGCUACUCCCUCUGUUCCGAAAUGUAGGUCGUUUAAGCGAUCGUACUGUAAUUUUCGUCACGUUACGAAAUUCUUUCACUUUCCCAAUUUGCCCUCCCGCAUCGUUCGUUCACUGUCCGCACCGCUCGCUCGCUCAGUCGCUCACAGCGCUAGCUCCAUUCGCUCUCCCAGUCACUCUCCCAGAUCCGCUCGUCGGCGGCCCGCGUCCCCAUCGCCAGCCUCCCCUCUGCCACUCCCCCUCGACGUCGGUCUCUCUGCCUCUCCCUCUCGACGUCGCCGGCCUCUUCCACCACCCGUCCUCCAGUCACAGUCUGUAUGCGCCACUGAAAAAUUUGAUUUUUUUCCGCCGGUGACGAGCUUCUAUGCGGUGGAGGCGCGCGGGCGCUCGAUCUACGUGCGCCGGUGGAUCCACCCCUCCCUAGCUCCUACCUCCACCCCUACAGAAGGCGAAGAAGACUCGGCCCAGCUCCCUCCUCUCCCGGAUCCCCAGGCCCAGCACGACGUCGCCGGCGGCCCCGCCGGCGCUCGGGCGCUUGAAGAGGCGGAAUCGGAGCUGCUGCUGGUGGUGGAGGCCCCCGGGGGAGGCACUGGGGGAGGAGGCCUCCGCCGCGUCCUUGGGCGGGCUGCCCAUGCCGUCAGUCCGCGGCGAGCGCAGGGAGCCACUAGUGGCGAACAAUUCCGUGGCGGCGGCGCCGGACUACGGGGACUACAGGGAGUUCCUGUCCCAUUACUGCAGGUUCUGAAGAAUGGUGUGGAGGUGAAGUUGAAGAGGAAUGCCCUGAGUGUCUUGGAAGCUCCAGCUACUAGCGGGUACUGGGCGAGGAGAUGAACCUAGGCCAGCAGCUCCUGUGCAGCGGCGAGUACUUCAGCGGCAGCAGCUCCUGUGUGCGGUGAGUGCUUCAGCGGCAGCAGCUCCCCUGGGCGCGUGCGGGCACCAGCUCGCCUUCACCAGCAGCCGGCAGCAGAGCAGCAGCUCGACUCCACCAGCGGACAGCAGCACAGCACCAGCUCGCCUCCACGAGCAGGCGGCAGCAGAGCAUCACCUGGGCGCGCGCGGUCCAGGAGGAGCCCCAGGACGGCGUGGGUGGAGGUGGAGGCGGGGGCCGAGGCGGAGGUGGAGGGCGGGGACGGAGGCGGGGGCGGAGGCGGAGGUGGAGGGCGGGGCCGGAGGCGGAGGUGGAGGGCAGGGGCGGUGGCGGAGGUGGAAGACGAUCCAGCGACCUGAUUCAAAAUUUAAACUAAGGGUAUAAAUGUCCAUUUGCCCAUUUUCACCUGGUCGGAACAUUUGCCCCAGCGACCUACAUUUCGGUACAGAGGGAGUACAUGUUUUAUUGUCUUAUUACAGAGACUUGGACCAAUUCAAAGUUUAGAGAACGAUUUGGUACCUUUCAUGAGUCAAGGUCCAUUUGCCCGUGGGCCCAUUACAAGCUACACAAGUUAAUGUAGUGACUGUACUGUAGUGGCAGGAAUCUACAAUAGGGUGAGCUACACUAUUUCUUUGGUUAAGGUUGGUCGUAAUGGGAGUAUUAUAGGUAGUAUCAUGCAUGCCAACUAGGCAAAUUUGAUGAGGUGGCAUAGAAUUAAA